CGCUUUUCAAAGAGAGCACAUUCAAGUUACUUCAUAAGAUCAGACUGUCUAAUCAAAGAAAAGACCAGACGAAAUGAAGUCAGCCAUACUUUCAGUUGCUUUGCUGCUCCUCUUGAAUUUGGAUUUUAUGACCUCUCAUGGUGUGAGCGAUUGUCUCCUUCCAAAAGUGACAGGACUUUGCAGAGCACGUUUCCCGCGAUUUUAUUUCAAUGAGGCCAAAGGUCGCUGCGAAGGAUUCACCUUUGGUGGUUGCGGUGGAAAUGGAAAUAAUUUCAAAACAUCGAAAGAAUGCAAACAAACGUGUAUAUGUCCCCUUCCACCUCAGACAGGACACUGCAGAGGAUACUUUCCGAGAUACCACUUUGAUGAGGCCAGCGGUCAGUGUGAGAAGUUCAUCUACGGUGGUUGCGGAGGAAAUGAAAAUAAUUUUAAAACUUUGAAAGAAUGCCAACAAACUUGUGGGGCGAAGUAACGAGAUAUUGCCCAAAUGGAAAACGGUUUUGACAGGAAAUGCAAGUCUUCCGAUUAAUUUGCCCGCCACAUUUCAGUUGCUCGGUUCCAAAAGAAGUUCUUCACAGCAUCAUAACGUUAGAAUAAAUGUUUUUUGAAGCUUUUGCUGACUCCCAUGACAGUAUGAUAUUCUUCGUACUUGAUCUUGUAUUUGGUCAGUUGAGUCCUCUAUUUUUCAGCUUUUUCUUAAUGAAUCGCUACAGCAUUGUAAUGUAGAGCAGUUACCGAUUAUUGAA